GACGGAUGGAGGAGAGAGAGUUAGAGAGUAGGGCAGAGAGAGGGUAAGGUGAGAGAGAGAUGGAGUUAAAGAAUGAUAGAUGGAAAAACAGGGAGAGCAAGCGAGUAGGAGGAGCAACUAAAGUGUGUGUGUGUGUGUGUGUGUGAGAGAGAGAGAUCAGUUUACCACCAUGACCGGCAAACACAACAGAGUGAGUGUAAGUGUGUGAGGACGUCUUUCAAAGGUGUGCACGUUUGUUUGUGUGUGUGUUUGUAUGUGUGUGUGUGUGCGUGUGUGUGUAUGUGUGUGUGUUGUGAACAGUAUCUAAGAACUAGCAGAAUCAGCAGCAUGCAGAACAUCCCAGAAGAAUGGAGAGAGACAGAGGAGAGGAAGACAUCAGAUGGAGGACAGAUGGAUGAGACAGAGGAGUGUAAGACGCUGAUGAUGGAGCUGACUCGUCUCGUCCAGAAGACAGUAAGGAACAGCAGCUGGUGGGACAGGAGAGGACUGGACUGCACCAUCCUGGCGUCGGCUUUCAUCAGCCUGCCCACAGCCUUCCUGCUCUUGUCCUCGUCUCAGGUAUGUUACUUCCUGUUGGGUUUAAUGCUGAUGGGAGUGGCUCAUGCUGUGAUAACGGUUAAGGGAACUCACCUGGCCAGUCAUGGAGCUCUGAGCGACUCCACCACCUGGAGAGAGUUCUGGGCCGUCUUCUUCAUCGAGGUGUGUGGUGCGUUCACAGCCAAAGCAGGUGUGAAAGCACACGUUAAGAUGCACCACGCCCACACUAACGUGAUUGGACUCGGAGACUCGAGCACGUGGAAGAUCCCGUUUCUGCCCAGAACUGUUUAUCUUUUCAUUGCGCCGCUUGCCGUACCAAUUAUUACCCCUAUAGUCGCCAUGGGGCAGCUAAAAGGCCAGCCUCUGUGCACAGCAGUACGUACGGUGUUGUGUGUGUGUGUAGGUGUGUGUUCUCACUAUGUGCUGCUGCGGUGUGUAUCGGGGUUGGAGUGUAGCUCAGCGCUCCUGGUGAUGCUACUGAGCAGAGCCAUGUUCUCUAUUCCCUUCAUUCACGUCAACAUCUUUCAGCAUAUCGGGUUGUCGAUGUUUUCUCCGAAUUGUCGGCCCAAGCGUAUUUACCAGAUGACCCACGGUGUCCUGAACCUGCCGCGGAACCCGCUGCUGGACUGGACCUUCGGCCACUCGCUCAUCAACUGCCACGUGGAGCAUCACCUGUUCCCUUCGCUGUCUGACAACAUGUGCCUCAAGGUGAAGCCGAUCGUGUCCCGCUACCUGAAAGCCAAGGCGUUGCCGUAUCAGGAGGACGGCUAUCUCUCUCGUCUGCAUCUGUUCUUCCACAAGUAUCAGGAGCUGAUGGUGUUCGCUCCACCCAUCACUGAGCUGGUCGGGGUGCAGUGACCGAGAACCACGAGAACCCGCACAGAUCCUCAAAGCCAAGACGAUACAUCCCAUCUAACACACACACACACACACACACACACAUAUACACACACACAAAAACACACACAGACUUUAAACACCACAGCUUUUUCAAUGAACGCACCUUGUGAUGGUGAUGGAAGUUCUCAUGCCAGAUAAAGAUCUACCAAAGACCCAGGGAACAUAGUGUGUAUUAGUGAAGACAAGCUCUAGAGGUACAUAUGACACAAAAAUAACCCCCCACCCUCACCCUUAAACCCCCCACCACCCCACACACUCUCAGUAGUACGGCACUGACUUUUGCUGAUGCUCUUUUCGUAAACACCGUAAGGUUCAUUUUAUUUUAUUUUACUAAUCUAGGAGUUUUUAACUAGCGCUCUUUCAGCUUAGCAAUAUAAUAUAAACAAAUAUAAAUCUGCACUGAGACGACUUUUAGCUGCAAUUUAAGUCACUUUGCUUAACUAAACUAGUGUAAUCCAGUAUGCUAACACAGCUAGCGAUGAUGAUGAAAAAAGCUGAUAACUCACACACUUUAAAAGGAGCAAAUUAAGACCUUUUCUGAUAUUUUAUGCUAAUUAGAUAUUGUGAUGUCAACGUGAUGCUACAAUUUUACACAUAAUUGUCUCUAGUACAUUUCUCAGACCAAUUAGUCUUUAUUUAUUAUUUAUCAGAUAUUCAACCUGCAGUUUUAUCUAAAUGUUAUUACUUAAAACCAAGAACAUUUAACACAAUUUUUUAAAAUGCAAGUUUAAUAAAUAUAUUAUUAUUAUUAUUAUUAUUAUUAUUGAGUCUGUGGGUUAACCAGCACCUCCAAGCUGCCCCUGCUGAGCCUUUCUCAUGCGUGAUACAUGAUAUUCGGUGCUCGUAAACCAAGACUUGUUCGUUUUCCAAGUCAAAAUUAAUUUAAAAUCUUUGCUCGUCUUGUGAAACACUCGCAAACCGUGUUACUCACAACCCGAGGUUUCACUGUAAUAUUAAAUGGAGUCAGGAUUCUGCAGUAUAGAGUGACUUAUUCUUAUUUUGAGCACAACUUGAGCAAUAUGAUGAAAUUAAUUUUUUUUUUAUAUUAUUCAACUAUACAAACAUGGGAAAGCAAAAAAAGGUAUACCAUGAAUAAGUACAGAGAUGUGUUUUUAUAGUUGUUUUCGGUUGUUUCUGUGACAAAUACUACUACUAUUA